AUGGAAGACACGAAAACAGGACGAAAGAACCGUCGGUGGACACGCAAGAGAGGAAAAAAGGCCAAAACGCCAUCCAACAAGACGACAACUGAAUGUUCAAGGUCCAACACCGACAGCGUCAAACCCGCCAACGCAUCCCACGAGAUGGGCGCUGGCACCCCCGACCAUACAACAGUUUCCAGAAAGGUCAGGGCAAAGGAUCCCAACAGAGCACAAUACUGGGAUGCCAACACCGUGUUUGCCCCAAGCGCCAUAAGACAGCAAUUGUGGAAGCUGCAGCAACACUAUGCACCCCAAGAGACCGAUGCCGCUGCGGGUGCCUCUAAUAGUGUCAAUCGAUGCUAG